CACACCUCGGGCCAAAGGUGGCGCUAAACCACUGAGCCAUCUGGGCUGCCCUAACAUUUCAAUUCUAUUCAGAAAACAAACUUGCAUGUUUCUCAGCUUGGGAUUGUGAUUUUUUUUUUUUUUUAAUUAAAGAAGAGAAAGGUAGUAAAGAUAGAAAUGUUACAAAGAAAAACCUAUUCGAGGCAUUACUUAGUUCCAGGCCUUGGCAGCAACUCGGUUUUUCCUUCUGCACAGGAGACCUCACCACAACCAUGUUAUGCCAGAUCAUCCGUCAGGCCGAGAAGCAUCCGAGCUUGAUCCCCCUCUUCAUAUUUACUGGGGCAGGAGGCACUGGAGCAGCACUGUAUGUGUUGUGCUUGGCAUUGUUCAAUCCAGAUGUUAGUUGGGAUAGGAAGAAUAACCCAGAACCUUGGAACAAAUUGGGUCCCAAUGAUGAAUACAAGUUCUACUCAGUGAAUGUAGAUUACAGCAAACUGGAGAAAGAAGGCCCAGACUUCUAAAUGAAAUGUUCACCAUAAAGCUGCCUAGAAUAAAGGUCUUCCAGAAGCCAUCCGCACAAUUUUCCACUUACCCAGGAAAUAUUUCCCCUCUAAAUGCACGAAGUCAUGUUGAUGUAUUGUGUUGGGGUUUACACUGAAUAAUAAAUAUCUGAAACUUGAAAA